AUGGGGCUGGGAGAGGAGAGAGAAAACUCGGGGUAUAAGUGGGAGACCCUCUUCCUACCUAGUUAUCCAGCACAUAUGUAUACAGAUGACAUCACAGAGAUGGUGUAUGAACUAUGUGAUCACAUUUCCAAAUGUUUGGGCAGGUUAGAAUUGGGGGCCCUUUUUGGCCACUCAUGGAAUCCUAGUAGGAGUGCUGGGGUCACGUCUUUUUUGGGGGGACCUCUCAUGGAGGGCUGGGGAACAGAGUCCAGGGAAAUGGCAGUCAGAAUGUUAACUCUGGACCCAUAUCUGAAUAGAGAGAGGAUGCCCUAUACCUAG